CGCUCUCUUCAUUUCUCUUUUUCAUUCAUUCAUCACAUCCGACUCACGCAGCAGUAAAUACGAAGAACAACACAACAAAUCUGUGUUGUGAAUUCUGUAUUUGAAGCACAACUGUCAUUUUUUAAUUCCUAAUGAGUCUAGUCUGCAGGAUCUACCUGGUUCCUUAGAUAUGGUGGAAACACAAACAGGAACUUUUAGUUCCAGGUUUAGUUCCUGUGAUUAGUUCCUGUGGUUCCAAAGUACAUGGAAGUUUUGGUCAAAAAGAGGUUUUGGGUUCAGCCAAAGAUCUCCAGUGAUCCUGGACCCGCCCUGGCUGAAGCUGUGUCAGCUGACCCGUCUCUCCCCUAUAAUCUGACUGCACCCUCAUCGGUUUAUCUGUGUUAUUAUCAAGCUGUUCGAUCCGUGAGCUGAAAGAUCAUAACAUACAUCUGCCUCCAUGCAUGCUGGGAAUCUGUGUGCACCCAUUUAUGAGGGCGUGCACGAGCCCGCGGCGUGGUGUUGGGUGUCGUGAGCGCGCCUCGUGGUGCUGAUGGAGCUGAGCUUCAUUCAGUCUGAGGAGAGAGAAGAAGCUGCUAUCGAUCAGGAUGACGAAGAGUCGGCGGGGAAUAAACGUAGAAAUCCAUCGUCAGAUCAUCGAUCCGCGAUGAUCGAUCAGUGUCUGCAGCCGCGGUGAGGCGACAGUCACCGUCAUCGAUCAAUCAAUCAUCAUCUAAUGCACCUGAUGUGAGACAGCGCGGUGUGUAGCGCGAGGCGCAGCGGGUGACAAUCAGCUGACCGGAGCAGGACGGAGGAGCGGGACUGCGGGUUCUGUAUCAUGCGAAGGAGGAGCCGCCGGUUCGAUCCCCGCUACAGGUGAAGAGUGAACGGAGGGACGCUCGCUGUUGAUCCGGACCCACAGGUGAUCCAGGUCAGAUGCCCUGAAGACUGUUUAACUCCACCCACAGGCCAGACAGCUAACAGCUAACCCAGCUUACCAACCAACCAGCUAACCAGUAAACAGCCAACCAGUAAAGCAGUCGGUAAACCAGUCGGUGAAGCAGUCCUGUGGUCGGUGUUCAGGCUGUUGGAUGGCCACAGGAGUGAACUACUGGAGCUCUUAUGAACCCAGUUACAAGGUGAGUGAGUGUGUGUGGGGCGGAGAGCAGGAGUCGAGCAGUGAGGACGGAGGAGGCGGGGUCACAUGGGAAACACAAGCCAUGGAGGUCAAAGGUCAACUCAUCUCAGCACCUGACCCGCUCACCUGUCCAGACAGGAAGCAGAGGGAGCGAAUGGCAGAGCUGCAGGAGAGGAGGCGGAGCCUGCAGGCGCUGCUAAGCACACGAUUGGCUGAGCUGAGACGCAUCUGUUUGCAGGAGGCGGAACUGACAGGUGCGGUGCCCAGUGAUUUCCCCCUGGAGGCGGGAGAGAAACCCCCCUGUGUCCGUCGCAGAGGUGGGACGUCCCGCACAGGAAACAGGAAGUGUAGAGCCGAGGAGGAGGAUUCUCAGCGUUCAAAACCGAAGAAAACUUUAUUCAGCGGAGCUCUGAGGAAACACAGCGACCCUGAACACAACACGCACACACAGACGCACACACACCACGGCAAGAGGACUGUACACAGAGGCUGCCACACAGACGACACAGUGAGGUCAGAGAGCAGCUCGACAUCAGACUCAACAGGACACGACAAUGAUGAUGGCGUGUCUCAGUGGCGCCCCCCGCUGGGCUCUGCUGAUUCUCCAGUGGAGGUUUUCUACCAUAACAAAACCAAGAGGAACUCACUGCACAACAGGGCCGAGCAUCCAGAGACUCUUCAAACCCACAAGCCCCUCCCCCUGCCUCCCCCCCUCCCCCUCCAGCCUCCCCCACCUCACCCCCCUCACUCCCAGGACAGCUCCUCCUCCUCCGGCCCCUCUGAUGUGGGAGCAGCGGGGGAGGCCGGCGUCAGGGUCACCGCAGCUCGUCGCAGCAACAGCUCCGACGGCCUCCUGGACCGCAUCACCUCACCUGAGGAGGAGGGGGGGAGGCCGGGCCAGCAGGGGGGAUUGUGGGUAAAAGGAACGAACGCCGCCGGAGCAUACAGGAGCUCAGAGACGCUGGCAGACGGACGGACGAGGACGAAUAAUGGAUUCACCGAGGGUGGAGGGAGGGGAGGGGGUGCGGGGCGAGGAAGAGGAGGAAGAGGAGGGGGGUACAGUGAGGUCCUGCUGGACUACGUCUGGGGGAAACAGCAGCAACUGCAGCGACAGCAGUCCCAGACCAACAGACAGCCAAUCACAUCGCACCACCCACUGCUCUACAACGGCUACUCCUCCCAGCAACCCCCUGUAGCCCCGCCCACCUACCGCGGUCACAUAGGCGACCAGCGACGAGUCAAAGUGACCCGUACCAAAUCCUGCGGGCCCUUCCUGCCGGUGCAGCAGAGCCAGGCCGAUACCCACAAUCCUCCUGUGGCGACCAUCCAGCCCGACCCCCACCCCCACCUGCUGCCCCCACGACCACCACAGAUGCUCCCCACCCAGGACGCACAGCUUGAGGAGGCCACCAGGAGCCUCCACAAGGCUCUCGCCCUGGAAGGUCUGAGGGACUGGUACCUGAGGAACACGAUAGGCUCUUCCCACACAAACCAGGCCAAUGGAAAGGUGAACGCAGGGGUCAAAGGUCAGGCGGGAGGAGGAGCAGCUCUGCAGCGCAGACGGACGACUCACGGUGUCAUCCAGCCGCCGACCUAUCAGACAGAGACGAGUCAUCACACUGCGUCGCAUCACAAACAGACGGCGCUGCCACAUUCAGCCACGUUCCACGGACACCCGCUGCACGCCAGGUCUGUGGACAGCUCUCUCUACCACGACUCCUUCCCACCUCAGAAACAGGAAGUUCCAUCUGUGGACCAGCCGUCUCCUGGAACUCUGGUCUGACUCACCGACCAAUCAGGACUCUGACAGACAGACAGGCUGACCAAUCACAGGCUGGCUUGCUGGGAUCAAUCAAACACGCCUUGUCUCUGGGUGGAGAUCCGGAUCCUGCUGAACAAGAUGUUUGCUGCCAUGUUCAGUGGCAGAAGCUUCCUCUGUCUGAUGUCAUCUUAAAACCCCACCCACCAUGAUGUCACACAGAGGACGAUGACAUCACUGUCCAGUCCGAAGCCGUGGGAUUAAACUGAUAUGUUGUUGAAGAACGAAUGAAAUUAAAGCGAAUGAAACUUCAGGAAGUUGGCUGACAGAUGCUCAUCUCGCUCGCUCUCUGUCUGACAAUAACCUGAAACACACCUGAAGCUUUAAAUACCCCCGCACCCCGCCCCCUCGCUCCCGCCCCUCCCCUCCCCUCCAGGCCUGGUGGUGAACUGUUCACUGUCUCAGAUAUUAUCCUUCAUGACGCUGCUCAGCUGUGUUGAGCUGCUGUUUCAGGGAUGGAAAUUAAUUUAAUGAUACUGACGUUUAAAUGUUAUUUGAUGCCUCCUCAAAGAAAGAGAGAGAGAGAGAAGCCCCUCCCCCUCAAGCUGGAGGUCUGAGCGCCAUGUUUAGCCCCGCCCACCACCGAACAGUUUAUAAAUGGUCUCAGAAAUGAAAAAAACAGCUUUAAUCUCAAAGAUGCUGAUGGUAAUUCUAGCCCUUAUCAUCGCUAAUGGUUAAUUAAUUUAUUGAUGUUUCGUAUUUUGACUGAAUCAAGUAGAAACCCUGGAUUGAAUAAAAAAUAGUCAGUGAAUAAAUAAAGUUAAUUUAAAUAGCCUAAGUGAUGACAGCAACAUUGAAGAUCUCCUGCAAACACAUGAAGUUAUGAGUCAACAUCUCUACAGAUUUGUGCUGAGACGAUGCUGAGAGGCUGUUUAUAAGCUGUGCGGCUGGUGGGCGGAGCCAAACGUGUUCACGUUGUGAUGUCAUUCAGGUAAAUCAGUGGAAGCAGCUGUCUGUAUGAACGUUCCAACACGGGUUAAACAACUCAGUCUCCGCAUUUUUCCACAUGUUUCAUAGUCAGACUCCAGCUGACUUUGUGAAGCUGCCGUUGGCUCAAAGAAAUAUGUGAUAGUGACGUCACAUCAGGUGAUAACGAAGCUGCUGGGGUUGUCAUGGUGACCAUCAACAUUGUCAGACACAGUGUCCAUGUGUCUCUGUUGAACUGUGGUCUCUCCCCUCCCCCCCCCCCCCCCUUUUUUUUCAUUUCCUACUGUUUGUCUUUUAUAUCUUCUACAACAACAUCUUUAAUCUUUACUCAGACUCUGCUCAGACAAUCAGGACACAUCUGUGUUUUUAUAUGAACUUUUGAUAACAGUGACUCUCUGAGGACAGAUUAUCAGCGUUUUACUCGCUGACAUCACCAGCUGACAUCACCAGCUCAGUCCGACAGACCAGCAGUUUUUAAAAAACGCGAUGAUGAACUUUCCGAUCAGAUCAGGUGACACGUUGAUCCAAUCAAAUCCCUCAGGUGAGUCCUAAUUGAAACCAGCAGGUUUGGACUGAGCGUCAGGUGACUGCUGGGAGUCUCCCAGUGAAACCAGCAGAGAAACAGGUGAAAGUGCAGGUGUCUAAAGCUCCUCCUCCCCCCCCUAGCUGGAGCUUCCUGUUGUGUUUCUGAAUGUCAGCGAAGCCUGAACUAAACUACCAAAUAUGACACACGCCGGAGGGUCACGUGACCUUCUGGCUGCUUCUCACUUGGACUGACACUUCCUCCUUCCUUGUUACCUGGCGAGGACGCAUCCUCCAACCUUGUUACCUAAGUGGGAACUCUACACCCUCCCCGGUUGAUUAAAUAUUUACUUUGGACUUGGAAAAAACAAACUGCAACAACCUCCCACAAACAUCUCAGCAUAAAAGGCCGAAUUAGAAGUCAGUUCAACAUUAAUCACUAACAGAUGGUCAUUAUAUCUGUGUUUGAUCCUCUUUUGGUAAAUGGCUGCGGUUACAGUACUGUGCAAAAGUUUUAGGCACUCAAAGUAAAGUGAGGAUGCUUUCAAAUCAUAAUUCAAUGAAUAG